AUGGCUAGUCCUGACGAACAAAAAGAGCUAAAGAAAAAGUCUGAGAAAGAAGAGUUAGAGUUUUAUAUCAAAUUUGAACAAAAAAUCCAGCCUGCAAUUGAAGAGUUCCGAAAAAGUUUUCCAAAUGGUCCUUAUUCUCAACCAAGGGGGCCAAUGCCGCUAGGCAAUUAUGAAAUUCCCUUUGACGAAUGGUGUAGUUACUUGGUAAGAGCGCCGGCACCAACACUAAAACAGAAACAGUAUUUGUCCCAACCUCCACUUCCUUCGGCGCAACAAAAAAAUGCUACGCAAGUUGCACCUAACCGACAAGUUCCAGUCGGUUCAGAUAAGCCUUCUAACAAUACUGCUUCCUCAAACUCUUCAAAAAACAAUAUCGCCUAUCUCGAGUUUCUUGAAGGGCUUUCAAAACAACAUCCGUAUGAUAGUUCUAGUAUUAACAAAUCAAUGGAGGAAGCAGAACAUGUGAGCACACCGAAAACUAUGAAAUCUAACACGGAUAAUCCUAGCACUUCUGCAUCGAAUAAAAUGAAUAAGAAAGAUCCCUUAUCAAACGGAAAAGCAAAUAUAGAUGCUGGAAAAAGGGAAUUUACGAGAGAUGAUGCUAAAAGCGUGCUGGAGAAAUUUUACGAAACACGAAAGAGAAAAGCCUCCAUCACGAUGCCUACCAUAGACGAUGUCGAGUUCAAGAAGAGAAACAAAGGCAAGGAAGUGGCAACAAAACGCCCUCCCAAAAAGUUACCAAUCUCAAAAAAUCCGCGAGUGCAGAAGGCCGCAGGCUAUAAACGGAACAAUAGCAAAGAUGCCAUUAUGACAGAUCGAGAAUUCACGAAUGAUGACGAAAGAACUUUAGGAGAUCCGCCUGCCACAAAUAAUCCUAUCAACAACGAUCUCCAAAAACUUGUUAAACAGUUAAUAGUUAAAUUGAAGAUCCCACCAAGAAAACAGGAGUCAAAGUCAGAUGAUAAUCAUCCUGCUGCAUCACACCAUGAAAAUUCUUGGUCAUCACAACAAAAACAUUCGAAGGGUAUAAAAUCUCAGAUAGUAGAGGUUAGUUCCGAUGUACCUGAUUCUGGAAAUAAAGGAGUGAAACCCUUGGAAAAUGGGUCAACAAAAGGGACGAAAACGACUAAAGUUCGAGAUUAUCAGGAUAUUUCUCGCAACGGAAAACGGAAAUUAGUCAAAAGUACAUCCGAAUCAAGCUCUCAACAAACCGAUAUAUUGGAGUUCGAUGAGACGUUUAAACCACAAAACGUUGGACAAUCCACUAUAGAGCAACGCACGCUCGGUGUUCAAUCUCCUGUCAUAACUGUUCAAACCGUUGGUAAUCAAACAGAUAAUUCUUCUUAUACGAGAUCAAUCGAAGUUCAAACAGAUCCAAUAGAUAUACAGAAAGACUCAAUAGGCACACAAAAUCAAGAACCUGGGAAUGAUGAGGACCGAGCAGACAUGGCUCGAUUUCACCAUGCCCUAUUUGAACGUAAAAGUGCCAUAGGUCGAGAAUACAAACAUCGAGCUGAAAAAGAUACAGAGAAACGAUCACCACUGGAAAAGGUGUCCGAUUAUCUGGAAUCUUUUCUACGCUACACCGAAGCUGUUUUUCACCAACAUGAAGCCGAUAAGAACGGUUACUCAUAUAAUUUUAAGUAUCUUAAUUUAGAGAAAUUAUUCGACUUUAUCCGAGCCACAAUUGAAAAACAAGGAAACGAAACUCCUUUGGCAGGUCUUGUCAAGUUUGUCAAAGCAGUGAUCCUAUUUAAACAUUGGCAGCUUGAACAAAAUCGGUUCCGUCAGGUUGAGAAUAAUCUUUUAGAUACUUAUAUAAAGGAUUCAUCGUCUUCAAAUUCUAAGAAAGCCUUUGAAGAAUAUUUGAAUUGCUUAGAAUCGAUGAAGAAACAGAUGGCAAAGAUUCACCAAACUUUUGAAGAAUCAAAAAGUCAGUUAGGAAAGCGGGAUUUAAAGAUCAAUACUGAUCUUAAAGCUACAUUGGCCUUUGCGCAAGAGAUGACGUUCGGCUCGCUGUCGGGCAUAGUAGCUACGACUGAUUCUACGGGAUUGGGUACAUAUAGUGGACGAUAUGUCAGAUAUGGGGUUCGUGAACAUGCUAUGGCUGCUGCUAUGAAUGGUGAAGAUGGGCCAACUCAUCAACCCAUUGAAACUGUUGCUGGUCUCCCGAAUCUUCUAUUUUUAAGACCUGCUGAUGUAAACGAACACCCUUCAGUGCUUGCUCUUUCGCGUCAUAAUUUUCCUAAUUUAGAAGGAACUGGCACAGAAGUUUCAAUCGCUGCAAAUUUAUUAGAAAAAGAGGGCAUUAAAGUUCGUGUCGUGUCCUUACCAUGCUUUGAACUUUUCGAAAAACAAAGUUUGGAAUAUCGAUUGCCUGUCUUUCCUGACGAUGAAAUUUCAGAAGAAAUUCCACAUAAUACAGCCGCCCAAAAAAGAAUUAUAGAAUUGAUUCAAAAUGCAUAUAAGGAAUUAAAUGAAAUAAAAAAAAUGAUAGUAAAUACAGAAUUAAAAGCAUAA